AGUGGUUGGUAACAGCGAGCGAUCGACGCAUUUUAGCCAGUAACGAGUUGAAUGUGGCUCAAAACGCUUCGAAAAUCGCUGGUCAACAACGUCCGUAAUUUUAAAAAGGGAAAACAAAUGUUUUAUUUCGUGUAAAAGUUAUAAAAAUAAGUAAAAUUAUAAGGUUUUCAAAAAUCUUUAAAGAAAAAGUAUCAAAAUGUGUCAUAACUAAAAGAAAAUUCUAUAAAUAAGCUGUGAAACUUGGCCAAGAUAAACUCGUUUACACAAAUACAGAAGUGUGUAUGUGUAAGGGCAACAAAAAAUACUCAGACUCCAGAAGCCAACAAUCAAAAGAGAAGUUAGUUAGUCAGAAAGCCUCUGGGCCGCGUUAUUGGCAUAUGAUUCAUACUGAUACUUUGGAUACGUCUAAAAUAAACAAAACCUACUGAGGAGAAAAGCAGUUUUCACAUUGCUUAUGUAAACCGCGCAAAGCCAAAGCGGAAAUUACACUCACAAAAUCAAAGUGUAAUUAACAAGAUAUAAAAACAAUACCCCAAAAUGUCGGUCAGAAAAUUGGGAGCCCUGUCGCUCUCCAUUAGCGGAGUUCCACUUUUGCCAAGUUUUUCCUUGGUGGCAGCGGCAAAUGGAGACAGUAAGGACUGCCAUGGAACGAUCUGUCAUCCGGUGGACGAAUAUUGCUCCGUUGCCUCGGAGGCCUGUCUGCCAUGCGUUUCGAUCUGCGAUAACAAGACGCACAACUAUGAUGCCACACAGUGUGGCAGGGAAUGUUCGGCUUGGCUUAUAUCUCUUCAAACCACAGCUUACAAGACGUUCGGUCCUCUGAAGGCGGAGAUGAUGGACAUCCAGAACACCCAGCACCUGAUCCUUCUGCUCCUGACGAUCCUCCUCAUCCUGAUCGCCGCUCGCUGUGCCUUCCAGUGCCUCCGUUGGCUGAUCGGCCGGCGAUGCUUCCACAAAAUGCUGCGCAGACUCCAGUCGAAGGCCUUUCCACAACCUGUGACUGCGAAUGGAAAGGAGCUCAAUGCCACCACCAUACAGAACCUGAAUGCCAUCAAUCGCAUGGGCAGCGACCUUGAGCGGGCGCAGUCGCAGAUCUACAGUGUGGCAGGUGCAGCCGAGGGUUCGGUGGUGACCAUGACCACCCCGGUGAGCACUCGCUAUCCGGCGGAGAACAGCACCACGCCCACUACGGUUAUGACGGAUAUCGCCUACGGAUACGACAAUCAGGCCAUGGUCGUAACUCCGAUUACCGAGAAACCAUCAACAGCGCCUGCUUUCUAAAGCCAUACACUCAAAAACAAAACCCUCAAACUGAAAUGAGUCCAGCGAAAGCAAAAUGUGCAUCACAUUGAACCUAGUGAUAUUUUCGUAUUCGGUUAAGCUAAAAGUCCUUUUUUAAUACUUAAGAUCUAAGAUUUAAUAAUAGGUAUAUACUUACUUGUAUCUUCCCGAAGUAAUCCAAUGCGGUCUGAUGUACUUACAUAAACUUAAACUGUAUAAAAUGCACUUCUACUUUAAGUUAACAUAUAAUUCGGAUUUACUCAAUGGAUUCAAGAUUGAAAUAUUUUCCUUAUAUUUUUGUGAGAUCUUAAUAUUUAAAUAUAUAAGUUAUCUUUAAGUCUGGGAACAUUAUAAAAAUCUGAAAGCGAUUAUUCACCCUUCCAAGUUCAAAUUUUAAAAUAAAACUCUGAUGCUUCGCUUAAAA